AUGAGUGGGUUUCGUUUACUUGAUUUAAUUAAAUUUUUUUUACCAAUAUUACCAGAAAUCGAAUUACCAUAUGAAUCAAUAAAAUUUGAUGAAAGAAUUGUUUAUACAAUUGGUUCAGCAAUAAUAUUUUUAUUUGGUCAAUUACCAAUAUAUGGAUUAAUUCCUAAUGCUCAAUUUCAUUUAAUUGAUCCUUUUUUCCAAUUUAGAUCAAUUUUUGCAAUGGAAAAAGCAACUUUAUUAGAAUUAGGUUUAUUACCAAUUAUAACUUCAGGAUUUUUAUGGCAAAUUUUAGCUGGAUUAAAAAUUAUAAAUAUCAAUUUAAGUUUAAGAUAUGAUCGUGAAUUAUUUCAAAGUGGUCAAAAAUUAACUUCAUGGUUUUUAGCUAUAAUUUUUGCAGUAGGUUUAAUAUAUUCUGGUUAUUAUGAUAAUGUUAUAAGAAAUUAUUCAACUUAUAAAAAUGAUUCAAUACCAAUUGGAUCAUAUUUUAUAAUUUUUUUACAAAUUAUUUCAUGGCAAAUUAUUGUUUCUUUAUUAGUUGAAUUAUUUGAUAAAGGUUAUGGAUUUGGUUCAGGAAUAUUAUGUUUUUUAACAUUACAACAUACUACAAAUUUCAUUGGAGAAUUAGUUGGUAUUGAAGUUUAUCCAAUUUUAAAUUCAAAUAAAUUUGAAAAUUUUGGAUCAUUAAUGAAUUUAAUUCGUAAUUUUUCAAUAUUUAAUUUAAAAUCUACUAUAUAUCAAAUUUGGCAUUCUUUUACAAGAACUCAAUUACCAAAUUUAACUCAAUUUUAUAUUGCCUUAGGAUCAAUAUUAAUUAUUAUAGCAUUACAAAAUUUUAGAGUUGAUAUUCCAAUAAGAUCAACAAAAGUAAGAGGUAUGAGUCAAAUGUUUCCAAUAAGAUUAUUAUAUUGUGGUGGUUUACCUUUAAUUUUUUCAUAUUCAGUAUUAGCAAAUUUACAAAUUAUUGGUUAUAUAAUUUGGUCAAUAUUAAUAAAAUUAAAAGCUCCUCCAAUUUUAAUAACUUUAUUAGCAAAUUAUAAUAUAAAAGCAAAUUCAAAUAGAGCUAUAUUAACUGGGGGAUUCUUGUAUUAUUUUUCACCAGAACUGAAUUUAUUAAAUUCAAUAUUAUCACCAAUAAGAACAAUUAUUUAUUCUUUAACAAUUAUAAUAUUAUCAAUUUGGUUUGCUCAAAAAUGGAGUUAUAUAUCUGGUUCAUCUCCAAAAGAUAUUUCAAAACAAUUUAAAGAUCAAGGUAUUUCAAUAGCUGGUAAAAGAGAUAUAUCAAUAACAAAAGAAUUAUCCAAAAUUAUACCAACAGCUGCUAUAACUGGUGCAUUUGUUAUAAGUUUAUUAGCUGUUGUAGGUGACUUUUUAGGUGGAUUAGGUAGAAAUUCUUCUAUCAUUAUAAGUUUAUUAUCUGCUUUUGGUAUAUUGGAAGAAUUUAUGAUUGAAUAUCAACAAGCCGGUGGUUCACAAUUUUCAAAUGCACUUUCUGGAUUUACUUGA